UUGAAGGGAUGGUCGGGGGUGAGCGGCCGACCGGCGAUGGUGGCGGCUGGGGCAGGGCGGAGCGGUGAGGCGUCGCGGGAGCGCACCGGCCGCAGGUGGCGGGAGAUAUCCGGUUGGGCCGGGGCCGGCCGGCGGGUCCACGGCAGCGGCGGCGACUCACCCGGUCGGAAUGGCGCCGACCCACCUAGUCAAAAUUCGUCCGCGCCAGGCAGUCGUCCGCCAAUUAGUUCCCCCCGCUUUCUUCGCAAAAUGUAUCACAGAAGGCCUCAGCAUCCGAUCUUCUCUGUGAGGCUUGUGCGCACGACGCGUCACAGCAAUUACUCCGAAAUGGAAAUAAUACUCCUGUGUCGCCAGUGUAGCAGUGGCAGAUGUAGCAGCAGCAACAGAGAAGGGAAGAGGAGGAAGAGAACUGCUAUGGAGAUCGAUGGAUCGAUCCGGCUUUCCCUUAUCGAAUCGGCAGUGUGUCGACCCCCGUUCCGGUACUCCAUGGGCCACACCGUCAUAACUGGCUGGGCCGUUUGGGCCCUGUGGGCCGUGGCCGUGGCCAUGGUACAUGUGCGUUCUGCGGAGGCGUCGGUCACGUCAAGCGUGGUGCAGUCCACCGUACGGAGGUGCCUGGUGUCUGGGCUAUGGAUGGUACGGGCCGGGUCCAGCCAUACCAAACCCGGCCCCGGCCACCCCCCCGACCCCGGUACCGGGUCUAAAAUUUUCCCAGACCCGGCCCUGAGACGGGUCUCGGGUACCCGCGGGUAUACCCGACCCGAAUGAGAAGACGCUGGCUGGCUACUCCAACAUCGGCGGCUACUCCAACAUCGGCGGAGGGGCUGGGGAAGAGGGCGCCACGCGCCAGUGAGGGAAGGAGGGUGCGCGACAGCCGGGCGUCGGCGAUGCGAGUAGGGAGAUGGCGCGGCUGCAGGCUGGACGAGGGGCCGCGCAUGCGCGCAGCCGAGGAGAAUAUCGGGGGCGGCGGGCAGCGAGCUGGAGCAGACGGCGGCGACGGAGCCGGCUAGGGAGGAGGCGGAGGCGGCGUCGUGGUGGGCUAGGGAGGAGGCAGCGACGGCGCCGAGGACUAGGGAAAGGAGGUGGCGGCAUUGCAGCGCAUCCAGCUCGGAAGGAAAGCAGCAGCGCAACGAGAGCUCGGGAGGAUGUCGCUCGAGUGGAAAUAGGAUUAGGCUUAAAUGAGUAAGACAGGGCAAGAACGGUACUUGGGCCUUGAGGCCUUCUGGGCUAGGCCAUUCAGUUCUUAUCGUUAUGGGUGUACCUGGUAUAUGGCGACGCGGAUCUAGGUCUGACAGCUCUAUCCCGUGAAAUUCUCGAGCCCAAAGAUGGAUCGGAUGUAGAACUUUUCCAAUUGCAGACUGGCGGGGAUUUUUUUUACCAGACCCACAUACUAAUCGGGUCUAGACCCGUCGGGUAUUCGGGUCCCCACUGCCAGCAAUAGUCUGGGCCGCGCGUGCUCCACCUCCUGUACAAAUCGUACCGUCUAUUUUUUUUCCGACUAGCCACUGCCGAUGGGCCCCAUCUUAUCUCGAGUCUCGUGCGGGACCGAGGCGGACGUGGACAUGUCAGGGGCGAGCCCGCGAGUUGCAUGCGGAUACGUGGGGGCGGACGGGCGGUGCCGCUGGCGUCCUUCCCGUCGCAGUUGCGUUGCGUCUUUGUCAAAAGCCAGAGCCCGGCCUCGUUCUGUCCCGUUGGUCUUCUUCGCCUUUUCCGUACCUUUGGGAUGCGCCAUAUCGCGCUUUGGGAGUACGUGAUACUGAUAGUUCGAGUGUUGCAAGAGGCAACCGUGCAACUGCAGUGAACGUGGAGUUGCAUGGUGUUUUUGUUUCAUGUCCAAAGUUGACUAAUUUUGGCAGCUUAUGGUAAUUUGGCUUUUAUUUGGUUGAGUGCUAAUUUUUUGAUUGCCAACUGAUUUUAGCCAACUACUCUCUCUGAUUCUAAAUUUUUGACUCAAAUUUGUUCAAAUAUGAAUAUAUCUAUUCUUAAAAAAUGUCUAGAUAAUGUAAUAUUUUGACAACAAUUUAGAAUCGGAGGAAGUACGUAACAUCAUCCUUCACAAUUCUUGUCAAAUUUUUGGUCAAUCAUAGACCAACCAAAUCCUUACCCAAUUAUUUGACUAGUCAAUUGUUGCCAAAAUUGGCAAGUCAUGAGUAGGCAAUGCAUGUGGUACCAAGCAGAAAAACCGACUUACCACAACCGCGUCGAAUUUUAGGUGUACAUGUGAUUACAGUUUUGGGUGGGCAAAAAUUGCGAGGAAAAAACAAAUUUGCGGUUAGCUGAAAUUUCGUUUUGUGCUAUUUAGAUGCUAAUUUUCGGUUGGCAUUUUCUGGUAACCAAGUAUCAAAAUAAACCGGAUUUCCUAACCAAAAUUUUGAUUUAUACCGAAUGCUGCCUCUGUAUUCGCUGGCUAUCGUCCUUGACUGAAAUUCGUGUCUGCUCGUUUAUAUAUCUUCCUUGGCAUAACAUGUAAUCAUCACUCACGUUGUUGCUCACAUGAGCCACGCAACCCAACCCCCGUACCGACCGGACCCAUGCCACGUUACCCGCGUUGGCACGUCCCGAGUUGUGCCAAAUGCCCAGCCCAGCCACCGUAGACCACAUGAGGACGCAUACAGUCAAACGAACCCACGCAGUACUCCAGCACGAGUAGUUCACACUUCACAGUACCAUCCCUCCUCCUUUCCUUGAUUCUCUUUCUCUCUCACUAAACCCCACCCCGCGCCACUCUCUCUCUUAAACCCCACGCGGCCCCUUGCUAUUAUUGCCCGCGCAGCGCUAGCUAUAUGGAGAUGGACGGAGGGACUCCUCGUCUCUGCCUUCAUUUCUACCAGACCACCUGCUCCAACUCUGCCUCUUCGCCUUGGCACGCACGCACAGGCCAGAGCACGCACCUGCGCGCGCGCCAUCCUCCCACGCCCACGCUCCCGCAUCCCCACCACCCUCCCCCACGAUUUCGUACACCGCCAUCUCCGUUUUCCACCGCCUCCUCCUUGUGCCGCUGCCGCGGCGACUUCGGGGCUUCCUCUCCUCUGACGCCGGUCUAAUGUGCUUCGGUAGCUAAGCCCGAGAGACCCCUCUGGCUCUGGGUUAAUUUGGGUACAUGUGAGAUGGGGGAGGGGGCAGCGGUGGUGGUGUUGGAGGCGCAGAGGCCCAGGUCGCCGCCGAGGUACCCGGACAUGUGCGGCCGGCGGCGGAUGCAGCUGGAGGUGCAGAUCAUGGACCGCGAGAUCACGCACCUCAAGGAUGAGCUACAAUUACUUGAAGGAGCUCAACCGGUUUCACAUUCUGGAUGCUUGAAAGAGGUAAAUCACUAUGUCGGUAUGAAACAAGACCCGUUGAUAACAAUUAACAAAAGGAAGCACCGAUCCUGUCGUCUUUAUUGGUGGGUCAGAUCGAAGUUGGGCGUGUGCAUUUCAUGGUUUUGCUGCUCCUGUCAAUGCUUACCAAAGUGCAAAAGUCCAAGGUGUUUCAACUGUUCAUGCUGCAACGAUGAGUCGUGCUGCAAACCAAAUUGUUCAUGCUGUAGUCCAGACUGUAGCUGCUUCAAGAUCUCUUCAUGCUGCAAGCCAAACUGCAGUCCAUUUUGCGACCUAUGGUGCUGCAAACCAAACUGGGCCUGCUUCAACACCUCUUCGUGCUGCAAAUCCCAGUGCAGCUGCCCCAGCCCAAAUUGCUGCACCUGCAACCUGCCAAGCUGUAAGUGCAACCCUUGUGGUGAAUGCAAACCGGAAUGCAGCUCAUGCUCCGGCGGUUGCUGCGAUUGCAAGCCUAGUUGCAGUUGCUGCAAUGAUCAAUGCUGCAGCUGUGUAGAGAGCUGCUCCUGUUCUUGCCCUCGAUGCUUGGGCUGCUUCAGCUGCUUCAAGUUCCUCAAAUGCUCCUGCGCAGGCUGCUCAAACUUGUGCAAGUGUUCCUGCACGCAAUGCUUCAAUUGCCAGUCUUCGUGCUGCAAGGGACAGCCUUCUUGCUUCAAGUGCCAGUCGUCUUGCUGCGACGAAGGGGGCUGCUGCCGUAGCACAUCAUGCUUCAGUUGUCCAGAGCCUUCGUGCCCCGAAUGUUCUUGUGGGUGUGUUUGGUCAUGCAAAAACUGUACAGAAGGAUGUCGAUGCGCUCGCUGCUGUAACCCUUGCUGUGCUACCGGAUGUUUGUGUUGAAGGAGAACCCUCCUUUUGGGAAAAUACACUGGUGAAUAUGGGUCUGCUCCACCCCUUGAUUUGCUCCCUUCAAUCAUUAGAGAUCUUUUUC